AGCCUCCUCCAGCCCCACCGCCCCCACCAUGGCCGCGUCCACCCUGUCCGUCUGCUCCAGCGACCGGAGCUACGGCAGCCGCGUCUGCCUGCCCGGCUCCUGUGACUCCUGCCCCGACUCCUGGCAGGUGGACGACUGCCCAGAGAGCUGCUGCGAGCCCCCCUGCUGUGCCCCCACCUGCUGUGCCCCUGCCCCCUCCUGCCUGACCCUCAUCUGCACCCCUGCGAGCUGCGGGUCCAGCCCCUGCCCGUCAGCCUGCACCAGCUCCUGCCAGCGCUCCGGCUGCAGCUCCUCCCCCUGCCAGGAAGACUGCUCCUCCUCAUGCUGCCAGCAGUCUAGCUGCCAGCCCUCCUGCUGCAGCUCCUCCCCCUGCCAGGAAGACUGCUGCAAGCCCGUCUGCUGCACCACUGUCUGCUGCACCCCUGUCUGCUGCAAGCCCGUCUGCUGCACCCCUGUCUGCUGCACCCCUGUCGGCUGCACCCCUGUCUGCUCUGGGCCCUCCCCCUGCUCGGCCUCCUCCUGCUGCCAGCCCAGCCCCUGCUCCUCGUCCUGCUGCAGACCGUCCUCCUGCGUGUCCCUGCUCUGCCGCCCCAUGUGCAAGCCCGCCUCCUCCUGCUGUGCCCCCGCCUCCUCUUGCCAGCCCAGCUGCUGCCGCCGGUCCUCCUGUGUGUCCCUGCUCUGCCGCCCCACGUGCUCCCGCCAGGCCUGCUGCGUGCCCACCUCGGCCCAGAAGUCCUGCUGCUGA